GAAAUUUCGAAGUGUGCGUGUACCUGCUGCAUCCAGUAAAUGUCUGUAUGGAGGACUUCAGCAUAAGAUCCUGAAUUAAGUUGGAAUCUUGUUUAUAAUCAGCUACAUAUAUGAGACUUCCUUUCUGAAACCCCGAACAACAUGACGACUGAACAGUAAAAAAAAAAUAAAAUUAUAAUAAUAAUACGUCUUUGGUUAAAGAGAGGUUUUAAUAAGAGAGUUUCUGUAUUUCCGCUCAAGUCGUUCUCUCUCGCGCUGUUCUCUUAAUGAUUGCAUUACUCCUCUCCAGCGCUUCUCUGGGUGUGAACGCAAUGACAUCCCCGCCUCUCGAGAAACCCCCUCCUCUCCUGAGCAGAGGAUCACAUUCACACAGUAACUCCAUAGAUCACUCCUCAUACACUACCCUGCACUAAAAUAAAUUAAAACAAAUAAAACAAAAAAAGGACGUUAAAGAAAAGCGCAGACAACAAGGCGAGCAAUGCUAUCUUCUGACAAUGCCUCAUCACCACCGUUGAGAGUGAAGCAGGAUGAAUUUCAUCUUCUACACAUUCUUGGCAUACUUUUAUUUGGGAUCGCAAAUAUUCCUUCUCCAUACCCUGCUCGUCCGGCCCGCUCAUUCUCACCCGCAGCCCUGCCACAUCCUAGCGCGGAUAGGACACACCGUGCGCCUGGGUGCCCUCCUGCCUCCCCGCCAGUCGGUCCGGGUGCGCGCGGCUCUCCACCGCGCCCUCAGCGGUCUCGCCGACAGCGGCAACAACUUUCUUCCGUACAACUUGAGCCUGGACGUGGUGUCUCGGGAAGCCCCGAGCGGAGACCCCGAGUCACUCUUCAGGUGUGUGUGUCAGGAUAUAGUGGUCCAGGGGGUCUCGGCUGUGCUCGCCUUCCCUCAGACGCAGGAGGAAAUAGUGCAAAUGGAAUUUAUGUCCUCUUUUUUGGAAAUUCCUUUUAUAAGCAUCAUUGAGCACGGAGAGCCCCUCAAAACUCAGAAUCGCUUCCACUUGCAGAUGACAACCCGUAUUCCCCCGUCAGGACUGGUGGAGCUGCUUCUAGCUGUCCUGCAGCGCAGCGGCAGGGAGGAGAGCAUGGCGCUGCUUUGCCAAGGCUGGGAGGACGCGGGUCUUUUGGAUCUCCUGAAUCUUCAAGGCCGCUCCGACUGGGGACCCUUACACUGGCACCUGCGGGCCGCUCUGAACCUGUCCCACAGCACAUCUCACACGACUAACAUUUCUGACUUCCUGUCUGAGCACUUUAAUCAGGACCUUUCUCCACCCGCCUCGGUCCUGCUUUUCGGGGCUGACCCGGAGUGUGCCUCUUCCGUUCUGCGCAGUGCGCAUGACCUUGGGCUGACAUUGCCCACAUUACAUUGGAUUAUGGGACAUCCCCUUAGCCCAGACGCCCUUCAUUCUAUUGGUCUGCCUUUAGGACUGUUGGCCUACGGAGAGGUCGACCGCAAACCGCUGGACUACUACAUCCGUGAUGCCCUGCAGUUGGUCAACCGAGCUGUCACUGCGGCCACAGUUGUACGGCCUGAUCUAGCCCUCAUCCAAAAUAUGGUCAACUGUUUUGACAAACCCAACAAACAUGAGCUGCCCUCAUCCGGACAGUACAUUGCCAGGUUCCUCUCUAAUACAUCCUUUGUAGGGUUGACGGGCCCUGUCAGCGUUCAACGCAACCUCUCCCGUGUACUCACCUCUCAGAGGGUCCACAUUUGGAGUCUGCGCCGUGAUGCCGUCGGUCAGCCCACGUGGGUGACUGUAGGCAGCUGGGAAGGCGGUAGGUUGGAUGUGGAGGAGCAGGGAUUAUGGCAGGGAUCACCUCCUCGGCAACGCACUGAAGGCCAGAUGGGCAGGGGGGGUCGUAGAUGGCGGGCCAGCUUUCCCGUGUCGGGGAGUCGUGUACGGGUGGUCACUCUAGUGGAGCACCCAUUCGUGUUCACUCGAGAGGUAGAUGAGGAUGGGAACUGUCCCGCUGGGCAAUACUGUCUAGAUGCAGGGACAAAUAACUCGGAAACCCUGGACCACUUGUACACUGAACGUGCUCAAGGCAACAGCAGCUUUUUGCCACCGGAUUUCAGCAAGUGCUGCUAUGGAUACUGUAUUGAUCUGCUGGAGAAGCUGGCAGAGGACAUGAACUUUGAGUUUGACCUGUACAUAGUUGGGGACGGGAAAUAUGGAGCUGUCAAGGGUGGACAGUGGACAGGGUUGGUGGGUGACCUGCUGAGCGGGGUGGCCGAUAUGGCUGUUACCAGCUUCAGCAUCAAUUCAGCUCGCAGUAAAGUGAUUGACUUCACCAGCCCGUUCUUUUCCACGAGUUUGGGCAUACUAGUGCGCAGUAAGGACACAGCUGCACCCAUCGGAGCGUUCAUGUGGCCGUUGCACUGGUCCAUGUGGAUGGGCAUCUUUGUGGCGCUGCACAUCACAGCGCUCUUCCUCACCCUCUAUGAAUGGAAGAGUCCCUUCGGCAUGACGCCUCAUGGGCGAAACCGCGUGAAGGUUUUCUCCUACUCCUCAGCCCUCAACCUCUGCUACGCCAUCCUCUUCGGCCGCACAGUUGCCAGUAAGACGCCCAAGUGUUGGACUGGACGUUUCCUGAUGAACCUGUGGGCCAUAUUUUGCCUGCUGGUUUUGUCUAGUUACACUGCAAAUCUGGCCGCAGUUAUGGUUGGGGAAAAGACCUUCGAAGAGGUCUCUGGAAUACAUGAUGCCAAGCUCCACCACGCAUCUCAGGGAUUCCGAUUCGGCACUGUUCGGGAAAGCAGUGCGGAGGAUUACAUGAAAAAGAGUUUUCCUGAGAUGCACGAGUACAUGCGGAAGUUCAACGAGCCCACCACACCUGAUGGUGUCGCCACUCUCAAGUAAGAGAUCAAUUCAUCCAAACAGAAUGCAUUUGGCUAGCAGAUGGCAGCAAGUGCUCCUGGUGUAGUUAUACUGCCAAACACUGUUAGCAAAAAGUGAAAUUUACAACACAUGGGAAAAAAACCUUGUGCAGAGUGAUCAAUAAUUCAAACAGCAGUUGCACCCUGUUCAAAACAAUGCAAAUGCAAAUGCUGAAUCUUUUCUCUAACAGUCCCCCUUGACUCACUGGUCUACAAUACUGCAGGUGUCAAUAUUUCGGCCAAAUGAAUUCAAUUUUUGAAUAAUAAAAUGAGGUGUUUGCCUAAGGCAAUUUUUCUCUCAGUGUAUUUGAGUCUAAGUUCUGAGAUUCCCUCUCACUGCUGCUCGCCAGGCGAACCGUUUGUUGUUUCC